AUGGCUGGAGAUUCAGCCAAAGUAUUACCCAGUGGCAUAGCGGCAUUUUUUAUUGAUAUCGCUGACAACUAUAGUUUUAGAUACUGUAGUACUAUAUUAUAACCUGUGAUAUAUAACUAUCCAUAAACUAUUUAGGAUCUACAUGUACUCUUCAGAGUCAGUUGAGAUAUGCUUCAAUUUAAUGGAAUGCUCUGUCAUCAAAUUUUUUGAGAAAAUCAGAUAUUUUUCUACAUAGAUAUAUUAGCUGACCUGGUUAUUGAAAAACCAGCAUUCUAUUCAGGGGCAAAAUGGUUUUAUUUCUUACUCUUAACAUAUAGGCAUUUCGAUGAAAGGAAAUGUUCUACUGGUUAUUAUUUAAUCUUCUUUGAUCUUGAAGCUAACUUUACAGGCUUCUUAUACAAGCCAAAUUUUUAUCCUUUUCCUAGUGCUUUUUAUUUACGGUUUUGCAUUUUUUAACACUGUAGGAGCUAGCAGAUGAAGUGAUAAUUAUGGCAGAUAUGUGGAAGUACCUUUCCUUUUUCUUCUGGUAUCGGCGACUUGUCAAGUUACUUCUCCAUUUAUCCACGGGACAAUGUGAGUUACAGAGGAUCUGUUAUAAAACUAGACAUGGGGCACAGAGGACAUGCAAAGUUGGUAAGCUUAACAAAGCAUAAAAUUUUGAUUUCAUUUCUUUGUUGGACAGACUGCUAGAAUUGUGUUUCUUGUCAGUAAUAUAUAGUUUUUAAUAUUCUUUUGGCUUGUAUUAUUGUGUUAGGUGAUAACUCCUCAGAAAUACAAAAUUUAAAAGGGUUUGAUAUUGGCAGUUAGAUUUUUCUUGAAAAGAGAUACAUGUAUCAAACACUCUUUGUAAUUCUGUGAUAUUUUUUGCUCACCAGAAAAGUCCUUGAGGCAAUCCAGAACAAAGGUUAGUUCACUACAUAUUUAUUUCAAUUAAGCAACUGAACAUAGUGUAGACCCAAACAAAUCUUACAGCACUUUCCAAAAGUCACAACUGGCUAACCGGUUCAUGGCUAGACCAGCCAUUUUGACAAUGAAAUAGGUUUUUCCCAAGGGUUUUUGUGGAAUAACCAUCUCAUCCGUGCACACUAUGUAAGAUGUGACUGAUCUGGCUGGAUAUCUUCUUUUGAAAUUCUCAUUACGAUGGGAAUAGUCUGCAUGGUCAGUUCCAGAUGACAACUGGAAAGCACCCUUAGCUAAUAAAAAAAUUAUCACCAAGCUGCUUUGCUGAAAGAAAAAUACCUCAUGUCUCCUGUUACUUGCUUGAGAUGCUGCUGCAUUCAUAAUUUUGAAGCACAGGAAAGUUUUGUUAAAAAUUUAAUGUAUGUGUCUGUAUGUUAAAUAUUUUUGUCCAGCUACAGUUUCAGUUUUCAGCUAUAAUGUAUUGUGAUCGAUGUGGCUGAUAAUAUUUAUAAAUUAAAUAUCGUUACAGGAACUUAAUGAUCUAGUUGAAAAAACUAAUGUAAACAUCCAAGAAGCUCUUACUUUGAUCAUCACAUUGAAGAAAAUCGACAGAGCACAAGAAAGUGUGUAAGUAUUAAAAUAUUACUGUUAUAAGGGUUAUGUUAUUAUCCCAUGUUAUUUACAAGUGCAUCAGAGUAUGUGUGCAUAAAUAAAUACACCCAUACAUUUUAUAGACAUGUAUAUAGAUACGUACAUAGCCCCACAAGGACAGUGGCAGAGACAUGUUUCUUCCACCUAGCAUAGUACUUUACAAUUUUCCACCUCUUUUGAUCAGGUGUAAAAUACUCUUAAUGAUUAAUCAAUAUCAGUGGUGAAGGUUACAAAUUUUCAUUUGUAUUUGUGAAUUAAUUUUCCAGAUUUGUAGAUUCCAUGUUCAUUUGUUUGAGUCAGAUAUGUGGCUAUAAUGAUCUUUGUUAUGAGGUUGAACAGCUAAGAAAGGAAGCAUAUACAUCAGAAAAUUCCUCUCACGAGAAACGAUUAAUGCAGGUACAUGCUUUGUGUCUCUUAAAUUAGUCUUAAUUUCAUUUAUAUUGGCUAUCUUACUGUACUUUUAAGUUCCUGGUGUAGUUCUUGGUAUUGGUAUCUUAGUUUAUAAUAUUUCCUCUAGCUUUCUGCUGACAAAAGCAUUUACAUGUAAUAUUAUAUUCUUUAUGCACAUGAUGUCAAACUAAUUUACUAAUUCCAAUUUCCAAGAGUUUCCUCUGUUAUACCACAGAGGAUAACUGGCCAUUUCUGAGCUGCCCAAGCAUCUGUUCCAAAAUUAGGCUAAGUGCAGAGCCUUUGAAGAGAAAAUUAUUUUUUAUUCUCAUACAAAUACCUGCAGAGGUUACUCCCAUGAAUAAACCAUAUAGGUAUAUGCCGCCCCAUAGGGUAGGGUUUUUGUGCCGUUUUGGUCUGAAAACGGGUAUACACUUUGCCCAUUUUGGUCUGGAAUCGGGUAUGGUUUUCAAGGGAACUACCGCGUGUAUGAAGGUAUUUAUCGUUUCAAUUCCAAAUGAGUAAGAAAGAAAGAAAAAUAUGUGAAUUCAAAAUGUAUUAGAAUACUUUUUUUUUGUUUGCACUCUAAGUUAAGUAAUGAUAACAACAAUUUCUGCCUAAAGCUAAGGCCAGGACUGAAAACGGGUGUGGAAAAUUACAUUUUUUGGUCUGAAAUCGGGUCAGGAUUUGAAGAACCGGGCGUCACACCCCGCCUAAAAUUCCCAGGAGUACCCCCACUCCCGGUAAAAAUAAUAAAACUCAUUUACACAAGAAAGGUUGAGCACUUGCCCUCGUUUUGAAAAUGAGAGUUUUUGGAACUUGGAAAUAGUCUAGUUACAUUAAGCAAAUCAAGCACAAACAAUUUAUGUUGAAUUUACUCCUUGCAUCUUAAGCUUUGGAACCUAAUGAUGCCACACACUCCACUUAAAGAAAGAGUUUGCAAGCAGUGGGGAGAUAUUGGCUUUCAAGGAACAGAUCCCCAAACUGACUUUAGAGGAAUGGGUAAGAAAAUACUCAAUAGUUAACCUAGUGGAAGUCAAAAAGUCAUGUCAAUAAUAAUGUUCUGUAGGAGAUAUCAUUCGAAACUGCUGUCAGAUAGCUUGAUGCUCACUUUAAGUUCGUAAGAAUGACGGAAUCUGUUGGGCCAGAGUGUUUUCAUGACCAACUUGAUCAGUAAUGAUGCAAUGUCUGUUACGUUUUUGAGACGUUAAGUACAGCUGUUAAAUAUUAAUAUCAGGCGACUUUCUCGAAGGACAAGCUUGAUUUGUUAGGUAAUAUUUUGAUGCAAGUGUAGCAGCUCAGUGUAUGGCAGUCAUUUGUACAAAUGUAUUGUUGUUUCAAGUAUACAUCUUAGGUAAAAAAAAAAUUUUCAGCUUAAAAGUUGAUCAAAUCUCUUUGCAUUUCCUUAUGAAAAACUGGAAAAAAAAAAACGACACAAAAUCUAUAGUGUUUCCACAUACAGUAGACUAUUUUUUAUGCACCCCUUUAUAAUAAAACAAGAUAGUUAUGAUUCCUGACUUUUCUGUUUUUUUUUUUGUUCCAGGUGUUCUUGCUCUUGAUAACUUAUUGUAAGUAUGUACAUGUGUAUUUUUUUUUUAUCGUAAAAGUUACAUUAGUAACAAUAAAUUCAGUGUGCGUAUUGAUUUACUGAAAUUGUUUUGCCUGCAGAUUUUUUGCAUCAAAACACACAGAUGCAGCAAGAAAAGUUUUGGCACACUCUCAUCAUCCACAUUUCUGGUAGGCUAAAUUACACAUCUAAUGUUGUACUUAAAAUUGUUUGUAAGUAAACAUAACAGGUGUGUGUUGUUCUUGGAAAAUCCAUCAUGGAGAAUUCAUGUGCUUAGCCUCCCUCCACAUAACUAAUGUUUUAAGUACUUCAAAUUUGGGGUUCAAACGCAAGUUUGGGUGUGGUUAAAAAAACUCUUUAUCAUCUGCCACUGCCUAAAAAAAUCAUUCUCAUAUAUUCACCAGGCCUGAAAUUGACCAUCACAUUGUUUAAUAUGAUUGCAUGUGUCAGCAUUCUGGUCCUAGCAGUAUGCAAGAUUGUUUGCCACAUGAACUUAGUUAUAAUGGUCUCAGCUCCCACUUUCGUUAAGAAUAAUUAUUGUCUCUUCAUUUUUUAUCUAAUCUCCAAGCAAGCUCAACCUAACCCCUUUAAGCUCGUUCUUGUUAUUUAUCACAAUUGUGAGCUGGCAUGGGGCAAUGAUGGCUGUACUUGAACCCAUGACCCUCAGAUAAAGUCUUUUACCCCAGUCACUGUGUUGCAAAGAGACUGAUGACAAGUUAAGCCAUUCGCUAGAUUCCUUGAUGCUCAGCCUGAAUGCUUCUAGGAACAGUAAUGUCAAAACUGUGCACCCUCUAUGGAAAUAAAUGUUAUCAUCUUUUUCUUACAGGUUUUCUUAUGCCAUUGCUGGCAUCAACAUCACAUCAUUGGCUCUUCAGUUUUUGAACGAAGGAAUCCUUAGAAGUCACUUUUACAACUGCAGACAAGGCCAGCCAACUGUGGUUGACUUUCACCAGGUUUAUUGUGAGUAUGUUCACUCUUUUAUUUUAAAUUUUGUUGGAAUUAUUUAGACUGUCAGCCAGGUUUAUCCUUUGGUGUUGGGAGCAAAUUUAUUGUUAUCAUGAAGUUUAUGGUCCAAACAUCUGACCAUUUUAAUAAACUUUUUACGUACAAUGUUAUGUUUUCAAUGUUACUACUCGGCUCUGUCCCUGAAAUUGAAAUUGUUACCACUCAAGGAUCACAUAUUAAGGUAAAAGUAGUUUAGUAUACUAGAAAAUAAGGUGUAUUGGCAAAGAAGGCUGAAAAUAAUUGGCUGAAACCAGGGGCAGAUCUAGGGGGAGGAUGCAGGGAGCCCCCCCCCCCCGAGGUGACCUGUGUUUUCUAAUACAACUUGUAUUCUGUAAAAAAAAAACUAUGUGGUUUAUUGGUGUUGAAGUAGAGCAAGAGACGAGUGCACCCUCUCCUAAAAAAAAAUCCUGGAUCUGCCCCUGGAAACACUCUCCAAUAGUGAGCACAUGUUUGGGCUGUCCUCCAAUACAAAAUCCCUGGACCCGUGCCUGUUUUCAGUUUUUUAUGGCACUCAACCAACCCAGCUAGUAAUCGCCUCAACUGAAAUGGAAAAGUCAACUUUCAAACUAACUUUUCAUCUUUCCCCUCCUAGAUCCUACUCAACCUUGAGAACCCUUCUACUUUAAAAAAUAACUGUGUAUUUUUUUUGACUUUGGCUAGCCUUCAAUUCAACCUUUAAACAAGCUCUUAGUAACUGUCAUAACACUACAAUGUUGUCUCGUUGUAGGUUAUCUGUUUUUUGAGUUCAGUACGUUCUGGAUCAGUGAAGAGCCCGAGAGUGUUAUGGAGUUUAACAGAGUAAGAGACAAGUUUGCACACAAGGUCACAGACCUUCUCAAGGACUCAAAUACCACGCUGGAAUUAAAGUUCAAGUCUUCAAGUGAUGAUACUUCCCUACUGUCAGUGUCUUCGUUAGAUAGGGAGACAAGUCUUUAAAAGUUGUGAAAGAAUGUGAUUUGUUGCAUUUAUUUAUAUGUAAUAUGUAACGCCCACUUUUAAAUAUUUGAUAUUUGAAUUUUUGUUAGAAAAUGAAAGAGGUGCUAUGAAAUACAAAACAUUGAGUGUUUCUUUUUCAAAAUUAAUUUUUUAUCAUGUCAGUUAAUAUAGUGAGUUUUUGAGAUUAGUUGUAUAAGAAAGUAUACAAAAAGUAGUAAUAGUAGAAAAGUUAAAAUUAUUCAUGGUCUUCGUAAAAAGUAACUAUCAGCAUCAGAAUCAUUGCAAUCAAGAUGCCAUCACAAAGGUUUUUUCUUCUACACAAAAAUGUAUGAUUGUUC